UCUACAUUUAAUACUCUUCUCUUGUAAUACCACGUGGAAGUAAUAAAAAUGAGUCUGACAGCUAAGGAUAAAGCCGUGAUCAAGGGCUUCUGGGGGAAAAUCGCCAGUCAAGCAGAUUCCAUAGGACAAGAAGCUAUGGGGCGAAUGCUUAUUGUCUACCCACAAACUAAAAUAUAUUUUGCUCAUUGGCCUGAUCACUCUCUCGGAUCUGCUCAAGUGAAGAAACAUGGCAAAAUUGUGAUGGGUGCAAUCACCGAUGCUGUGGGAAAAAUAGACGAUCUUCUUGGCGCAUUGAGCUCCUUGAGUGAUCUCCAUGCCACCAAACUCCGCGUAGACCCUGGAAACUUCAAGAUUUUGUCCCAUAACAUCCUCGUGACACUUGCAGUUCAUUUCCCCACUGACUUCACCCCAGAAGUACACGUGUCUGUGGACAAGUUCCUCGCGGCUCUGUCUGCUGCUCUUGCUGAUAAAUACAGAUAAACUCAAAACUCUCUGGUUUAUGUCCAAAUUCACUUUAAAUAAUGAGGACAAAAAUAUCUGAUCCAUUUAAUAAAAUCUAAAAUAAUCAGAA